GCGGCCUGCCAUGUGCCGCACGCCGCACGCCAGCCGCACGCCAACCGCCACGCACCACGGCAGAUCGCGGCGUCGGUGACUUGUGCCGCACUCUCUGUGAGAUGACGCUGUGCGGAUCUGGUGUUGACGCUGCCGCACCCGCCGGCGGCCGGCCUGUCUUGCCGCCGUUUGACGUUGAGCAGGAAAGCGUGCCGCUGCUGCACGGAUCUGCUGCGCUGCUGCCCGCCUCCUCGCUCCUCCAGCUCGAGCUUCAGCGAUCGUCCGUCGCCCUCCUUCCUCGCAUGCCGCGGUCGCUCUGCACGCAGCGGCCGUUUGUCGCUCGGGCACGGCGAGAGACGACGCAUCGCACGCCUGGUGCACUGCCUAGGGCCGUCCGCCGGCACGACGUCAGAGCGAGCGACGCUCCCCACUUUUUCGCUGCAGCACCAAGGCGUUCGUCCGCGCUUCGCCGCACACGCCGAAAAGCGUCAGGAACUCCGAGCACAGGCACAGACCUCGAGAGUGGGGUGGUGGGUGCGAGGUGCAGGCAGCACAGGCAGCGCUCGCUGCGCUAGGCUAGCAUGGCGCUGCCCCUCAGCGGCCGCCCUGACGGGUGCUCGCCGCUCCGUGCAUGUCCGGCACCGGGCUGGCUGUCCGUGUCACAUGGCCCG